AUGUCAAUAGUUGCUGAUUCAGAUAGCAUUAAACUAACAACUAUAAAGUCAAACCAAGACACCGUUACUGGUAUGGAAAAUUGUGAAUUUACAUAUGAAUGGACAAUUAAAAACUGCAAUGAAGUUUAUGGCGACAAAAUUAAAUCACCAAGUUUUUCAUCUCAUUAUUCUGGUUUCGACGAUGAAUGGAUUUUGACAUUUUGUCCAACUGAUGAUCAAUCCGAAUAUAUUUUCCGUGAACGUCUAGAAAAGAUUAAAUGGGAUGGAUAUAUUUCAACUUCAGACUUUGUUGAACCCGAAAAUGGAUAUGUACAGAAUAAUGAACUUAAAAUUUGUUGUACAAUAACAAUGUCUAAAAAACUAACAAAUAAAUCUAAUGUAAUUUCAUCAAUUGAUGCAAGAAAACAACUGAGUGUCGACUGGAAAAAACUUUUUUUAAGUGAAAAAUCAGCUGAUGUUACCAUUAAAGUGGGUCAAAAAUCAUUUCGUGCAAUCAAAGGAAUUCUUGCAGUACGCAGUCCUGUUUUUGCUGCAAUGUUCAGUCAUGAAAAAUUCAAAGAAAAUGAAAAAAAUGAAGUUGUCAUAGAAGAUGUUGAAGAAGAUGUUUUUGAAGAAUUUUUACAUUUUAUUUAUACUGGUGAAUCACCAAAACUGACAUAUUAUUGUGUUACAUAA